UGGAGCUUUGAAUGCUGCAUGUUAUUAAAUCAUGAAGAUUUUCUGUAUCCUCAACAUUUUAGUGAAAUUUCUUGCAUAAGUGGUGGUUUUCAAUCUCAUUAAUUAACUACUUCUUGGUUGAUGUAAAAAGAACCAUAUUAAUUAGUGCAGCCCAUCUUGCUAGUGAAAUUAAUCCUCAGUUAGGUGCAUUGGAGGUGUGGACAGCAAGAGAAAAUUGCGUGUAAACAUGUUGCGUUGUAGAUUCUGAUGCUUGUCAUUAGAUCAAUAUGGGGAAUGAUUAAUCUCAUCACUUAGGAUCUGGAACUUGAAAUAUUAUCUGGAUUAGAAACAUUAAAAUAAUCCUAUUGGAUCAGAUUUUCUGUUUGUCAGCAUCAGGAUAUGAUCUUUUAUCUUUAGUAAUUUUGAUCUCCAACUCAAAAUGUUUACAUUCCAUCCAGAUUUUGUUAGAUAUUCUCAUUAAGUGUAUAAAUGGACGGUCAUUUUUCACUUUCCCUGCCUUGAUUAUGUUCAGAUGUCCACUUUCAAAUGGGUGUGGACGUGGUACAUGACACCUUUUUGAGAAACAAAUAGCUGUGUGGUACUGUGAGUAACUUGCCUUCAGAAGUCCUCUUCUGGCUAUAUUAAAUCCUUUUAUACAGCUAGGGGAGUUCUUUAUGUGAACACUUACAUUUUUUACACAAACACAGAAAUUCUUCUGAGUUACAGUAUGAUAGAAAUACCUGUUCUGUAUAACCCAGAAAAUAGUACUCAAAUUAUGUUCUGCAAACAGGUAGGUUAAUGUAUGUUUAGUCUCUAAAUGCCUAACUUUUACGACACUCAGAAGAUUAGUUUAUAAUUUAAAUAUUCUGGAUGAGCAGUGAUUAAUUUUUUGCCAUGCUUAAUGUUUCUGUUGUGCUGAUACAAUGGUCUUUGGAUGGAGCAAAGAAGGGAAAAGCAAGUGUGUCCAAUUGGAGACUUUUACAUGAAAGAAUACGGGUGAAAGCAAUUUUGUUAAUGCUAAGCUCUUGCACGCCACCCAUGACUGGUGACUGUGUUUCAAUUACUGCACAUAUAAAGAUGUGUCUAUAGAACUGUUUUACUUGAAUGUAUAGGAAAAAAGGCAGGAAGAUGUGUUUUAUAUUUUUCAUUGGAGAAACUGAUUUAGUAUAUUUCUUGCUUUCACCUGUCUGUUUCAUCAGCACUUUGACAUAAAAGACAAAUUGAAACAUGAAAAUUAUUUAAGUUGAACUGAUGACACAAAUGUGUACGUGUAUAUACUGAAAAAUCUCAGGAGAUUUUUCACAUUGUUGCACCUAAGCUUUGAAAUCAGUACAAGAAAAAAAGCAGAGUAUUCUGUUACAGUAUUUACUUUGCAUUUUUUACUGCAAUUCAUUGAUAUUUCACAUUCUUAGUUAAGAUUAAGCAAGGUUCCCUUCUUGGUUCAUGUAUUCUUCUGUACAGAAACCAGGAGGGAAUAAUGAGAAUUCUUUGAAAUGGCAAAUGUGUUUUUGCAAACACGUACCUCAUGAAAGAGAGGCAAAUACUUGGAACAGAACCAAAACGAAGAAUGGCCUGUCUGACCAUGACAAACAUGGAAGGUACAGACACUUCUACUGUCCACCAGAAUGGUGACAUCCAUGGGAAUGCCAGUGCACCCAAGCAGACAGAACCAUUGCUUCAAGUGUACCUUUAUCAUUCUCCUGGGAAGACAGGAGGGGAUUACCUUCAAUUUCCUGCUGGAGAAUAUGUUGCAGAAGAGAUUUGCAUUGUUGCCUGUAAAGCCUGCGGUAUCAUGCCAGUGUAUCAUAACAUGUUUGCACUCAUGAGUGAAACCGAGAGAAUGUGGUAUCCUCCAAAUCAUAUCUUCCACAUAGAUGAAGCAACCAGACUCACUCUCCUUUACCGGAUAAGGUUUUAUUUUCCUCACUGGUAUUGCAAUGGCACCAGCAGAGCAUAUCGGUAUGGAAUUCUUCGAGGUGCAGAAAGCCCUGUUCUUGAUGAUCUUGUCAUGUCUUACCUAUUUGCACAGUGGAGAGCUGAUUUUUUGGAUGGGUGGAUACAAAUGCCUGUUACUCAUGAAACACAAGAAGAAUGUCUUGGAAUGGCUGUUCUGGAUAUGAUGAGAGUGGCCAAAGAAAAGGACCAAACGCCACUGGCUAUUUAUAAUUCAAUCAGCUACAAAAUGUUUCUGCCUAAAUGUGUGCGAGCAAAAAUCCAAGACUACCACAUCUUGACGCGGAAAAGGAUAAGGUACAGGUUCCGCAAAUUUAUACAACAGUUUGGCCAAUGCAAAGCUACUGCCAGAAACUUGAAGCUUAAGUAUCUCAUAAACCUGGAAACUCUUCAGUCUGCCUUCUAUUCAGAGGUUUUUGAAGUCAAAGAACCUGGUGGAGAUCCUUCUGGAGAGGAAAGUUUUGCAACCAUUGUAAUAACUGGAAAUGGUGGAAUUCAGUGUUCAAGAGGAAAACUUAAGGACUGUGAGACGCUGGCAGAGCAGGAUUUACAAACAUACUGUGAUUUUCCUGAUAUCAUUGAUAUCAGCAUUAAACAAGCAAGCCAAGAAGGCUCCAGUGAGAGGAGAAUUGUCACCAUUCACAAACAAGACAGCAAAAAUCUGGAGGCUGAAUUUCAGUCCUUAAGAGAAGCUCUGUCCUUUGUAUCACUAAUUGAUGGAUAUUACAGACUAACAGCGGAUGCCCACCAUUAUCUCUGUAAAGAAGUAGCACCACCAUCAGUCCUUGAAAAUAUCCAAAGCAACUGCCAUGGACCAAUUCUCAUGGACUUUGCUAUCAGUAAACUGAAGAAAGCGGGUAAUCAGACCGGUUUCUACGUUCUCCGUUGCAGUCCUAAAGAUUUUAGAAAAUACUUCCUCACCUUUGCUAUAGAGCGCGAGAAUACCACUGAUUAUAAGCACUGCUUAAUUACGAAGAAUGAGAAUGGAGAAUAUAAUCUUAGUGGAACCAAAAGAAGUUUUGGUAAUCUUAAGGAUCUGUUGACUUGUUACCAGACAGAAACUGUCCGUUCAGACAGCAUAAUUUUCCAGUUCAUCAAAUGCUGUCCUCCAAAACCAAAAGAUAAAUCAAAUCUCUUAGUCUUCAGAAGCAACAGUGUUUCUGAUGUACCUUCCUCACCUACCUUACAAAGACACAAUAAUGUCAACCAGAUGGUCUUUCACAAAAUCCGGAAUGAGGAUUUGAUAUUUGAGGAGAGUCUUGGACAGGGCACAUUUACUAAGAUUUUCAAAGGUGUAAGGAAAGAAGUGGGAGACUAUGGCCAGCUCCAUCAAACUGAAGUUCUUUUAAAGGUGCUGGAUAAAGUACACAGAAACUACUCUGAGUCCUUCUUUGAGGCAGCAAGUAUGAUGAGCCAGCUUUCUUACAAACAUUUGGUGUUAAAUUAUGGGGUCUGCGUUUGUGGAGAGGAGAACAUCCUUGUACAAGAAUAUGUUAAAUUUGGAUCCUUGGACACAUAUUUGAAAAAGAACAAAAAUGUUAUCAAUAUCUUGUGGAAGCUGGAAGUAGCUAAACAGUUGGCAUUAGCCAUGCAUUUUCUGGAGGAUAAAGGACUUGUUCAUGGGAAUGUCUGUGCGAAAAACAUCUUGCUUAUCAGAGAGGAAGACAGGAAAUCUGGAAAUCUUCCAUUUAUAAAACUAAGUGAUCCUGGCAUCAGCAUUACAGUUUUGCCAAGAGAUAUUCUUCUUGAGCGAAUACCAUGGGUUCCACCUGAAUGUAUUGAAAAUCCCAAACAAUUGAGCCUAGCUACAGACAAAUGGAGUUUUGGUACUACUUUGUGGGAAAUCUGCAGUGGAGGAGACAAACCUCUGAGUGCACUGGAUUCUUCAAGAAAACUACAGUUUUAUGAAGAUAGGCACCAGCUUCCUGCCCCCAACUGGACGGAACUGGCAAAUCUUAUAAACAACUGUAUGGAUUAUGAGCCAGAUUUCAGGCCUUCAUUUAGAGCAAUUAUACGUGACUUGAAUAGUUUGUUCACUCCAGAUUAUGAGAUAUUGACAGAAAGUGAUAUGUUGCCAAAUAUGAGAAUUGGAGCACUUGGAUUUUCUGGCGCUUUUGAAGAUAGAGAUCCAACACAAUUUGAAGAAAGACAUCUUAAGUUUUUACAGCAACUUGGCAAGGGAAAUUUUGGCAGUGUUGAGAUGUGCCGGUAUGACCCACUGCAGGAUAAUACUGGGGAGGUGGUGGCUGUGAAAAAGCUGCAGCAUAGCACAGAAGAGCAUCUUAGGGACUUUGAAAGAGAAAUUGAAAUACUUAAAUCUCUGCAGCAUGACAACAUUGUUAAAUACAAAGGAGUAUGCUACAGUGCAGGCCGUAGGAAUCUAAGAUUAAUUAUGGAAUAUUUACCAUAUGGAAGUUUACGAGAUUAUCUGCAGAAACAUAAGGAGAGGCUGGACCACAAAAAGCUUUUGCUAUAUGCAACUCAGAUAUGCAAGGGCAUGGAGUAUCUGGGUACAAAAAGGUAUGUUCACCGUGAUUUAGCGACAAGAAAUAUCUUAGUGGAGAAUGAGAACAGAGUUAAAAUUGGAGAUUUUGGACUGACCAAAGUCUUACCACAAGACAAGGAGUACUACAAAGUAAAAGAACCUGGUGAAAGUCCUAUAUUUUGGUAUGCUCCAGAGUCUCUGACAGAAAGCAAAUUUUCUGUGGCCUCGGAUGUGUGGAGUUUUGGUGUGGUCUUGUAUGAACUCUUCACGUAUAUUGAGAAGAGCAAAAGCCCACCAGCUGAAUUCAUGCGCAUGAUUGGCAAUGAUAAACAAGGGCAGAUGAUUGUAUUUCAUUUAAUAGAGCUUCUGAAGAAUAAUGGACGACUACCGAGACCCGAUGGGUGUCCUGAUGAGAUUUAUGCCAUCAUGAAAGAAUGCUGGAAUAACAAUGUUACCCAACGCCCCACCUUUAGGGAUCUUGCUCAGAGAGUGGAUCAUGCAAGGGACAACAUGGGUGGAUGAGAAAACUGUCCCUCCUUCAGAGGAUGUGUUGGAUUGCAGAACAAAACGUGCUUGGUCUGCUGUGUAUAAUUGAUAUACGUACACAUGUGCAUCUUACCUUUGCUGGAAGUAAAUCUAUGUGGUAAAUAUCCUAUCUCAAUCUGCAUACCAAGGAAUCCUGCUGGUUUUCUUUAUCAGGAUAUAUUUGUUACUAUGAGAACAUGUUGAAAUUCUCAAUAGGGAGAGAAAUUAUUUUUCUAAACAAAAUAGUCUAAUAUAUGGUCAGGCUACACCACCAUUAUUUGCCUUACUUGGCAAUGCAAAAAAGAGGUGACUUAAAAUGCAGUGAGAUUAAAAGGUGACAAGACAGUGUAUUUCCUUGUUGUAAUGGAGAUGCACAGAAAAGACUGAGCAUAUAAUGACUUAGCAUCCUGUUUUGUGUGUUGCACAAGGGCUUGUGUUUGUUAAUACAGUUUUAUAAUUUUUUCAUUGUUGAUGCAGAAAUGGCUUCUGUGUAUAACAAAAUAGAAGUGGUUAUGUAACCAAGAAACUUAUAAUGUGCCUGUCUGAAUCAGUUAUUAGCCAGCAAUAUAUGCAAAGAAGUUUAAUAGGCCAUGCAAUGUAGUGUAAGAAUUUUGAGGGAAAGGGAGCAAAUUGUUCUUAAUUUGGAGAGCCAGACAACCUACUGAUCCGUGUGAAAAUUUUAAUUUAAAGUGAAAAAGCAAACACAUUACGUAGUUUUUCUUACUCUUGUUUUCCUUAUUAAGUAAGCAUUAGAUUCCAUUUAUAUAAUUAAAGAUAUAGUGAUAACAAGUAGAAAUGAAGUCACUUUAUACAACGCAGUGUCUUCAGGUUGUUUCUGAAUAUGAAAAAGCUAAACAUACUGCUUUUAAAUGCUGCUCUUUUAUUCUUUCUGUCAUUCUGUGUAUUUAUAAAUUUGGAACUUUUUAAAGCAGAAUUAAAAAUCUAGAAAAUUCAACCAUUUCACAGUUCCUCACUUUGCUUUUAAGAUGGUCACCUAAAACUUUCCUUCUAGUACACAAAAACGAAUGCUUAUGGCCAAGUAUCUUGAUACAGCCAGUCAAGUCUAUUUUGUAGUGAAGUGGCCCAAGUUACCCGGUAGCUUUCUGUGAUAAUACCCGAAGUAAAACUGUCUGGAAGGAGAAAUUACAAGUGCAAUUGCUCCGCAGUAAGCGGGGAGGUCAAGGACAUGAUCCCAGUUACUGAGAACUGGAAGGAGACCAGAGCUAACUGAACAGAUUACUUAUGCUGUAUAUAAUUCAGCUUCUGAAAUUAAGUCUAACAAAAAUUUAUGGAUAAGACAACUCUUUGGUUUUGCCUCCAGGCAUAAAACAUGGGGAUAAUCUCAUAUCUGAAAGCAGUGAAGUUGCAGGUUUUGUUUACUUUUAGUUGAAGUAAUAUUUUCUUCUAGUUUUUACUUAUUCUUAAGCAUUAUUGUUUGCGAAGUACAAUGCUUGUUCUUAUUGGACUUCUGCUGAGAGAAGUUCAAUUGAGGGGAUAUACAACUUUGUAAACUGACCUGAUAUCCAGAUUUGUAUUUAAAAUGAAGUGUUCAUUUUUUAAAUUGUGGCUGUGAGUCAGUGAAACAGAGGAGUUAUUUCACUGUGGUGCCUGUUUAAGAUAUGUGGUUAACUAUGUUCGUCUUAUUAGUAGCUUGAGUACCACAACUUUAUAAAAUAAAAAAAAUAAAAAAUAAAAUCCCUACUUAGUGUAACAUAGUGCCAGUAUAGCAAUGUUUUGUACCACUCUGAUGUUUUUCUCCCACAAUCACUUACAAAAAAACAUGAUUUUAUAAUCCAUGAGAUUGCUAAAUAGAGAGGGCAGCAGCAGCUCUCUUUCUGCCCAUUGCAUUUAACAAUAGUUCUCUUGGAUGUCUAGCCACCACGCACUUGCAUAGAUAGUUUUUAAAACUAAUUUUGCAAUCAGCUUCUAAGCUUCAAAGAAUUUUAAAGUGCUCUGUUCAACUUAACAUCUGUUUUCUCAAUUUCUAUAAAUGACUUCAAAGUUGUGCAAAAAAUGUCUUUGCCAUUGUAGUGUCGGUUGUGUGUAUGUGUUUUUUGUAACAAAAGAAAAAGCUUUAAAGCACUGAAACAGCAUUUAAGCUGGAUAACAUAUGCAGGAGUUAUGUAAAAUUUGCAGUGUAUGACACUCAGUAGCUAACUGGUUGCCAAUAUAUGGUAGACUAAACAUAAUUUAUGUAAAAAUCUCAGGGAAGUUUGUGAAUGCAAUGAAGAAAUCUUCCAGUCUGCUAUUUUUAAAAGUGAAUAAAAAGUCUUUAUCUUGUUCUACUACAGUAUGACUGAUUACAUGGUCUAUUUGAUUGCAUAAAUAUAGUGCUGAACUCAAGGAUAAUUGUCUUGUGGAAUUUUUGUUUUACUUCAAUACUUAAUAAUUUCUAGAGAAAGCCAUAUCUUUACACUGCAGUAUGACUUUCUGCUUUUGGUCAGGAACAAACAGUCUUUUGCAACAGAUCUCUCUGUGCAAAGGGCUCGAUCACUGGGGAUAAGUAUUCUUAGCUGGGUGAAUAGGACCAAGUAGUGCUUAGGACUCUCGGGGAUAUGUGUCAUCUGCAGCAUCAAUGUUUCGGUCAUAGAGCCAACGAAAUGGUUUUCUCAAGAAGCUGUUAAGGAUAUAGAUGCAGUGAUUUUGCUGAAUUUGCUACUGGCAAUGGUAGUAAUGUUUUAAAACAAACAUAAACACUGCAUUUUGAAAACUCUGAUCUACAGUAGCAUUGUAUAAUGCCAUAUUUUUAUAUAGCCUUUGUAUUAACAGACUCAGUUCUUUGUUUUAGAAACUUUCUUCAGUUGGCAUUGCGUUUGUCAUACUUUAGUGUAAUCAUUGUGCUACCAAAAAUGCUGUGAUAUUUUUUGUAGACAAAGUGCUGGUUUAUGCAUACAUGACUGCUGCUAUGAUGUAAAAUUAAAAUAUUAACUACUGCUUUGCACUUACAUUUGGAGUGAAAGAAUUUUUCUGUAAAUGUUCAAUAUAUCUUAUAGAAUCUCUACAAACAGGUAUCAUCUAGUAUAGUAUUAGUUUGUUGCCUAUCAGUAUAAACAUGUUAUGUUUCAAAAUUAGUAUUUAAAUAUAUUCCACAAGCUUGCUGCAGUCGUGUAAUAAGCCAGAGGAGGAACGGAUUUUCAGAAGAGAAGCCUAUGUUCUUGUCAAGUCCUGGAGUUGAAUAAAAGCUUCCAUUGUUGAAAUAAUUGUUUCUAGACAUACAGAUGAAUAUAACUCUAAAAAGAUACGUAAAAACUUCUUUUUUUCCAGAAAAUAAUUUUUUAAUUGUUGCAUUUAGUUGAGGUGUUGACCACCUGCCUUGAAAUGUAUGGGAAAAGAUGUUACUGUAUGAAGUAUGAAGAAGCUAUUGUUUAAAGAAAGCAAGCUUUUCAGAAAUGUAUGAUCACAAACACCUGGAGAGUAGAGUUCUGAGUGCAAAAGUAUAAAUGUAGAGCAAGAACAAGACUGAUGGAAAAAUGCUGAUGUUCAACACUGAAGAUGCAUUCCAAAAUGUGAAAUGCACAACAGUUUAUGAAAAGCUGAUGUCUACUGAAAAUGCCAUACAAUGACAAAUAUGUGCUGAUACACUUCUAAACUGUGUAUUUUCUGCCUUAAACCGAGAAUACUCACAAAAAACCUAACCUGACUGAAAAAUACAAGAAUUACUGUACCAACAGAAACUACUUAAGGUUGUGCCAUGCCAGAUGGCAAUUUUUUAAAAAGGUGUUUGGCUAAGAAGAUUAUCUGAAUUUUGCUUUUUUAAAUAAGAGGUUUACAAUGCUUUAUAUUAAAGUAGAAAAAGUCUCUUCGGGGGUUGGAGGGCAGACAAUAUCUGCUACUUAUGGCUGGACUGCAAACAUUGAAGAGAACGCGAAAGGGGUGUUUUUUAGAAAACUCUGUAUUCAUACCUGAAACUUAACUGUGCAUUUCUUUUGAGUUUCGAUAGUGAAAAUAAAAUAACUAAAUGCAAUGAAUGGCACAUGCCUGCCAAGAUUUUCAUUUAUAUAACACCUGAAAUUAGUUACUGAUGUUUAAAUUGCUGCUCAAGAGAGCUGAUCUGCAUAAAGGGGUAGAAUACUGCACAUACACCUUUGUGACCUCCUCAGAAUAGCCAUAUAGAGUGUUUAUCUUUUGGAAGGAAUGUACAUGUACCAAAAGUGAAGUUGGUAUAUUGGGUGCUCUCAAGUCAAGUAAGACUAGGAGUUUAAUUUUUUUUGUGAGUGUUCAUUGAGCUAAUUAUUUUGGGAUGAAGAAGCGCAUUGCUUUGCUUGCAGCAUUGAGAGAGAAGUAAGUCUGUAAGAUGGGACCGCUGACAGAUUGCCUGCUAUUAGACUAUACUUCUUUAGAAUUUCUGACACAAACUCUCAUGAAACCAUUUCUUGAUUUGCAUUACAUUACAUUUCACUUGACUUUCCUGUAACUUUAUAUGAAAAUUACCACCAGUUACCUUGAACAGAGUUGAAUGCUGUUGUUAAAUUUUGAGAAAUAAUGGCAAAAUGGCAAAUACACAUAUAAAUACAAGCAUACAAAUGCAUGCUUAAGCUACUCUACUCUGGCAGUAGUUCAGUUACCCCUUCCCACAUGUAACUGUCUGAGCAGAUUGCCUGAAGGUUUUGUUUUCUUUUGUGUGACAAAGUACAAUCCCAAUGAAGUGUAAAGAAUACAGGUAGUGUUCCUGCUGUUCCUCCCAAAACCUGCUGACAUAAUUGGGGACCCAUAAUUGUUCUAGAGAACAAAUAUCUGGGAAAAUGAAAGAGUUUGAAGAAGGAAAUGC